CAUCGAAAUGUUGUGCAACAUUCCACUGGGAACAUCUGCCUGGUUUCUCCAAUUCUUCAUCUGUAGCAACCCAUCGGGUAAAGUAUAACAUUCUGGCAUCAACUAAGGUAAGUGAAUGCUGUGUAUCCAUCUCAAUGCUGUCAACACCUUCAGCUUCUUGCAGGUUAACUGCUAGUAUGCUAUACCUUAGAUAACCAACAGCUUAAGUUGCCACCCGAAAUGGAGAUUUGUCACCUGCCUUCAUCUGAUGUAUUAGAUCCAGGUUUGUAGGAGUGUGUGUGAGGCAGCCACCAACACCAGAGCAAGCAGCUGCCUUUAAUGCUUAUUUUUGUUCUUGUUAAUAGUUUUUGUUCUAAGUUAAAAAAAAACACAAAAAAAAACAAAAAAAAAAAUCCCCCCCAUGUUACCCAUUUUUUUUCCAUCUUACCCAUCCACCCCAACUUCUCCUUCCCCCCUUAUAUUUCAUGCUAUGCACAGUCUGCUACCAACAUCUAUACAUGGCCUGUGAUGUCACCAGAGGGGGGGAUUGGGGUGGGCAUGGCUAGUGGCCUGUGACGGCUCAAUUUUCAAUCUUUGUCCAUUCACAAGCCACUAGCGGUUCCCCUCUGGUGCUAUCACAAUCUACAUCUAAAAUCUGUAGAAUUCUUACCAAGGUCUUAUGGUUGAUCAGCUGAGAUUUCCAACAUUAGGAAAAGCUGCUUCUAAUAACAACCAACAUACUUGUACAUCCAGACCCUUAAUUAAUGUCAUUCAUGCUAUGUAUAUUAAGGAAUAGCCCCAUGUAUUGUCAGAUGUAGUGCAAAAUAUGUAGUAUUAAUGCCUUAAUAACUAGCAUAAUAUACAGAGAAUGUAUUUAUUCUGUUAACACCUUCAGCUUCUUGCAGGUUUAACUGCUGUUCUGCUGUACUUUAGAAAUCCACAAGGUUAUGUUGCCAUCAGAAAAUAUUUGUCACCUGCCUUCAUCUGACAUUUUAGAUCCAGGUUUGUAGGUGUGUUUGGAUAAGGCAGCCACCAACACCAGAGCAAGAACUUGCAUCUGCCUUUAAUGCUAAGAUCUAAGUUCUUUCCUUGAGAAAGACAUAGCCACCAAAAAUAUGCUUCAAAUUACAUUCCACCACAGUGCCACAGAGAUUGGACAAGUACAAUUUUGAUCCUGAUGCCAGUAUGUAUAUCUGGCUAAAUUCACCCACAAAGUACAUCCUAUAUACCACCUAAAUAUUUGCAAAAACUGUAUAAGAGGGCAUUGACUAAACCACAUGCUUGUCCAUCACUUAUUUAACAUCCAGGUCCUUAUGGAGUGGCUAUUUAUUACAGUUCUAAGUUUAAAAAAAGAAAAAAAAAUCCCCCCAUCUUCUUCCCCCCUUAUAUUUCAUGCUAUGCACUGCCUGUUACCAACAUCUAUACAUGGCCUGUGAUGUCACCAGAGGUGGGGAUUGGGGUGGGCAUAGCUAGUGGCCUGUGAUGGCUCAAUUUUCAAUCUUUAUCCAUUCACAAGCCACUAGCGGUACCCGUCUGGUGAAACCAACCUACAUCUAGAAACUAUAGAAUUCUUACCAACACAUUAUGGUUGAUCAGCCGAGAUUUCCAACAUUAGGAAACACUACUGCUAAUAAUAGCCACCUUACUUGGAAUAACAAUUUAAGUAAUUAGGGGAGAACAUGGUGCUCCAGAAUUAAAUGUAAAGUAUUUCACCAAACAGUGAAAGUAGUCCGGGUGCACCAGCCCCAGACCUCCAGCUUUAGGGAGCGGUACAGCAGAGAAUAUAGAAGCAGAGCUGACCGUCACUUGAACAGAUCCACAGGACCAGAGAUGUUCAGUUCUCUGUGAGCCCAUGACUAAAUGCCCUAAAGGGGUACGAAAUGCGUAGGGUGGAUGGAGAUGCAGCUAUAUUUUUAACUUUUCUACCAAUAAAAUUAUUUUUUAACUGAACAUUUCUGGUCCUGUGGAUCUGUUCGAGUACCAGUCAGCUUGGAGUACCAUAUUCUUUACUUGGAAUAACCUCAUUUAUUGUCAGAUGAAGUGCACAAUAUGUAGUCUUUGUGCCUUAAUGACUAUCUUAGUAUAGAGAGAAUAUAUUUACCCCUCAUUGGUCCAAAAAAAUUAAUUAACAUAGGAAAUAAAAAAAAACAUGCAAAUCAAGUUUAGAAACAAGCUAUUUUUUGCAUAUUUCACCUGUCCCUCAUUGAGCACAUGAACCCUGAUAGCGUUCCUAAGAGCUUCUAACAAUAAUCUUUAUGGAAAAAUAUCCUUGUUAACCAUUUUUUCUGAGCUUUUAUUUUCCAGUGUUGCCAUAUUGAACCAGCUGCACAGUUUUCCUCCACGCCAACGUUCAUAUUUACCAACCAGGAUACAGAAUUCAUGUCUGGCGAGCAGAAGGUUCCGCAAAGUACUGGAAUAUUGAAUAAAGCCUCAAGAUACACAGCUACUGUCUAAAUGAAACCUGUUCCUGGAAAAGACAACGGGACUUAACCAACUAUUCACAGCAUCUAAAAAUAAACUAUUUUAAAGUUAAAAACUCUGCUGCAUAUUAUUCUGUUACAGGUGUCCAGGCAGUGGCACCACCAGGAAUGAGAGGGGCCCAUUGGAGGAAUAAGGCUGACAAGAGAGACCCCAGCAGAAAAAUGGAUGCAAAAGAGGUACGCAAGAGAAACACCACAGACUGUGAUGCCUUCAAGGCCACCAAAAGCAAUCCCACUAUGUGUCUGAAUAAAAGCAGGAAAGCGAGAAGAAAAGAAGAAAGAUCUGCUGAGAAGACAGCAACAUGGAUUUGAAGAAAAAGAAGAGAAGCAGUAGUCCAGAGGAGGACUUGUCUGCAGGAAAAAGAACUUGCUGCAGGAAGACACCAACUACAGAAGAUGAGAGGUGUAUUACAAAGAGAUCAAGAAGCCCAGAGGAGCAUCCAGCUGAUGGAAAGGAAGAGAAAAGGAGUAGAGUGGAUGCCAAAACACCACCGUCCCUCAGUAUUACCAACUACAGACUCAUGAAAGAGCUGGGGAAAGGCAACUUCGGCAGAGUGAUGUUAGCUUCGUAUGCCAUAAAGGACCAACUUGUGGCAGUGAAAAUUAUGCAGAAGAAAAACGGAAAGGAAUUCAAAUACGUCAGAGGAGAAGCCCAGGUUCUUCAGUUAGGGAGAGAAUGCCCAUUUCUAUGCCGGGCAUUUACAACAUUUCAAACUCAGUCACAUCUGAUGAUGGUAUUGGAGUAUGCAAGAGGCGGCACACUGGAAAGCCUAAUUAAGAAGCAAAAGAACAUGAACAGCCAGAAAAUACUGUUUUAUUCAUCAGAAAUAGCAGUGGGUUUGCAGUUCUUGCAUGCCAAAGGAAUUGUACAUCGGGAUCUCAAGCCAGAAAAUGUUUUUCUUGACGAAGAAGGCCAUAUUAAGAUCGGCGAUUUUGGACUUGCGUGUACCAAUACAUUUGAGCAUAAAACCCUUUCUGGGAUUUAUGGCACACCAGGCUAUAUAGCCCCAGAGAUUUUGUCAGAGGACCCAUAUGACUCAGCGGCAGACUGGUGGUCGUUCGGUGUCAUUGUAUACGAAAUGGCCACCGGUAACUUGCCAUUUCCACCAGAGAGAAACUUAAAACAACACCUAAAGACGAUCAUCUAUGAGAAGCCAAGGUAUCCAAAAUCUCUUGGGCCUGAAUUGCGUGACCUCCUUCAACAGCUCUUGAAGAAAACCCCUGACACUCGCCUUGGGGUCUAUUCCAACAUUUGGGACCACCCAUUCUAUUCAUCAAUUGACUGGGUGAAAGUGGAAAGAAGGCAACUAGUUCCACCUGUAAAACCAAAAAUGAGAUCCGUUGCAGGGCUCUGCAAUAGGAACAUCCCAUUCCCAAAAGAAGACCCCAGGGAAACCAGCGUGCUUGAAAAUUUCAGCUAUGUAGAUCCAAGCUGGCAAGAAUAAGUCAUCUUUGUGCCACUGAAGAGGUAGAAGCCACUUGCACACAGUGACAAUCGAUAUGUUGUGCAACAUUCCACUGGGAACAUCUGCCUGGUUUCUCCAAUUCUUCAUCUUUAGCAACCCAUCGGGUAAAGUAUAACAUUCUGGCAUCAACUAAGGUAAGUGAAUGCUGUGUAUCCAUCUCGAUGCUGUCAACACCUUCAGCUUCUUGCAGGUUAACUGCUAGUAUGCUAUACCUUAGAUAACCAACAGGUUAAAUUGCCACCCGAAAUGGAGAUUUGUCACCUGCUUUCAUCUGAUGUAUUAGAUACAGGUUUGUAGGAGAGUGUGUGAGGCAGCCACCAACACCAGAGCAAGCAGCUGCCUUUAAUGCUUAUUUUUGUUCUUGUUAAUAGUUUUUGUUCUAAGUUAAAAAAAAAAACACAAAAAAAAAAAUCCCCCCCAUGUUACCCAUGUUUUUCCAUCUUACCCAUCCUCCCCAUCUUCUCUUCCCCCCCCUUAUAUUUCAUGCUAUGCACAGUCUGCUACCAACAUCUAUACAUGGCCUGUGAUGUCACCAGAGGGGGGGAUUGGGGUGGGCAUGGCUAGUGGCCUGUGAUGGCUCAAUUUUCAAUCUUUGUCCAUUCACAAGCCACUAGCGGUUCCCCUCUGGUGCUAUCACAAUCUACAUCUAAAAUCUGUAGAAUUCUUACCAAGGUCUUAUGGUUGAUCAGCUGAGAUUUCCAACAUUAGGAAAAGCUGCUUCUAAUAACAGCCACCAUACUUCAUCAUCCAGACCCUUAAUUAAUGUCAUUCAUGCUAUGUAUAUUAAGGAAUAGCCCCAUGUAUUGUCAGAUGUAGUGCAAAAUAUGUAGUAUUAAUGCCUUAAUAACUAGCAUAAUAUACAGAGAAUGUAUUUAUUCUGUUAACACCUUCAGCUUCUUGCAGGUUUAACUGCUGUUCUGCUGUACCUUAGAAAUCCAACAGGUUAUGUUGCCAUCGGAAAAUAUUUGUCACCUGCUUUCAUCUGACAUUUUAGAUCCAGGUUUGUAGGUGUGUUUGUAUAAGCAGCCACCGACACCAGAGCAAGGACUUGCAGCUGCCUUUAAUGCUAAGAUCUAAGUUUUUUCCUUGAGAAAGACAUAGCCACCAAAAAUAUGCUUUAAAUUACAUUCCACCACAGUGCCACAGAGAUUGGACAAGUACAAUUUUGAUCCUGAUGCCAGUAUGUAUAUCUGGCUAAAUUCACCCACAAAGUACAUCCUAUAUACCACCUAAAUAUUUGCAAAAACUGUAAAAGAGGGCAUUGACUAAACCACAUGCUUGUCCAUCACUUAUUUAACAUCCAGGUGCUUAUGAAGUGGCUAUUUAUUACAGUUCUAAGUUUAAAAAAAGAAAAAAAAUCCCCCCAUCUUCUUCCCCCCUUAUAUUUCAUGCUAUGCACUGCCUGUUACCAACAUCUAUACAUGGCCUGUGAUGUCACCAGAGGGGGGGAUUGGGGUGGGCAUAGCUAGUGGCCUGUGAUGGCUCAAUUUUCAAUCUUUAUCCAUUCACAAGCCACUAGCGGUACCCCUCUGGUAAUACCAACCUACAUCUAGAAACUAUAGAAUUCUUACCAACACAUUAUGGUUGAUCAGAUGAGAUUUACAACAUUAGGAAACCUUACUGCUGAUAAUAGCCACCUUACUUGGAAUAACAAUUUAAGUAAUUAGGGGAGAACAUGGUGCUCCAGAAUUAAAUGUAAAGUAACUCACCAAACAGUGAAAGUGUUCCUGGGUGCACCAGCCCCAGACCUCCAGCUUUAGGGAGCGGUACA